AUGUCUGGCCUCAAGCUCCUGAGUAAGGCCGAUGAAGCCAUUGUCGAAAGACAUCUGCCUAGAGAGAUCGCAAAGGGUGUCGCACGACUCCUCGUCGCCAACCCGGACCCUACAAAAUGGCAAUAUACUGGGCUGCAAGGCGUAAUAGCCCUAUGCGAGGAUACAGUAGGGCAUUGUUUCUGGCUAAAAAUGGUCGAUGUCUCGCCCGGUGGGAGUGGUACUGUGAUCUGGGACCUUGAGAUCGAACAAAACUUUGAUUAUGUCAAAGAAAGAGAAUUCUUCCACUCAUUUGUUUUCGACGGCGUUCUAUUUGGACUCUUGUUCGCAGAUCUGAAAGAGGCCAAGGAGUUUCUUGCCGCGAUCGAAAAGCGCGAGAAGGUCGCUAGCAAAGAGACGAAGAAGAACCCAUACAAGACCUACGAAAAUGGUGCCCUUCUUGUGGAUACUAGUUCUACCAACGAGAAGAAAACCAAAUCUCGUUUUGGAAGCUUGUUGCAUCGCUCAUCUCAUAGUCCCAACCCUACUCCGCAGUCAAUAAUACCUGUCGCGCCACUACCAACGCAAUCACCCACGCAACCCCCGACGCAACCUCCAGCCCAACCAGUGGCACCACCUCCGAUGCAGCCAUCCAGCCCGGCUCCAAAGGGGGGCUUGUUAUUUGACCCCAAAGACCCUCAAUGGAAGUGGCUGGUGGAUGAGCUCUUCACUAUGGGCAUCUCAGGGGACCAAAUUGUUGAGAAUGCCGACUUCAUCAAUGACUAUAUCAAGCAACAAGGAUUCCUCUCGGCAGCUCAAGCACCCGCCGCCAUGGAGGAGCAACAAAAGCCCAAAGCAGCUCCCCCACCUCCUCCAGGGCCCCCAGCUCCCAAGGCCAUUCCAAUCAGUCCUCAGGACACUGGAAGCAGCUCAGGCAGCCGACGUGGCCCCCCACCACCGCCGCCAGCUCGGAAGACCCGCACCGAUGCUGCGGAGGAGUCGAUUCCAACACCGCCUCGUGAGCCAUCGCCGCCGGCUCCGCCAGCUCGCAGGUUCAACGCGCCGCCUCCCUUUGCGGAUGCAGGCAAAUUUGCUGUUCAAGAGGGCCCUGCAGAGCGCAGACGACCACGCGCGGUUUCGAAUGCUGCAGGCGCAAGUGCUCCCCCACCGCCGCCGCGACCCCCGAAGGCUCCGAUGGAUGACAGCCAGCCACGGUUCGGAGUCCCUCCCCCCUUCGCCGGGGAUCGCAAGGUUUCUGCACCGCCUGCACCCCCAAGUCGCAGCCCUGUACCCGGUCCACCCCCACCUCCGCCACCUCGUGGAGAUAUUGCGCCUCAACUCCCCCCCAAAAUUCCAAACGCAGCAGCUCCAGGGCUUCCUCCCCCGCCGCCUCCCAGGGGACCAACCUCCCCACCCCCGCCGCCAGCUCCUCGGCCAGCUCCUGCAUCGAAUGCACCUGCUUUACCUCCGCCGCCGCCACCGCGAGGCCCAUCUUCACCUCCACCAACAGAUUCGUAUGCUCCACCACCACCACCUCAAGUCCCAGGCCGCGCUGUGCCUCCACCUCCACCAGGUCCAACUGGUGGGCCUCCACCCCCUCCAGCGCGCAAUACCCCUCCCGUGCCACCUCCCCCUCCCCCAGUACCAAACUCUGGUGGACCCGGAGUACCCCCGCCUCCUCCUCCUCCACCCCCAGGACCAACCUCAAGUGCACCUGGAGCACCUCCGCCUCCUCCACCCCCAGGUCGUGGAGCUUCAGUUCCACCACCGCCCCCCCCUCCUGGUUCAACUGGACCUCCGCCGCCGCCAGCUCCGCCAUUGCCCUCGACUGGUGGAGGUGGCCGAGACGAUCUUUUGGCAGCCAUUCGUGCAUCUGGUGGCCAAGGUGGAGGAGGUCUGCGGAAAGUUAGUGCCUCGGAGAAGAAAGACCGAAGUGCAGCCAUGGUUCCUGGAAGUGCAGCGGAGUCAUCUGCAGCAGCUACUAGCUCUGCUCCACAAGGUGGCUUGGCUGGUGCCCUGCAGGAUGCUUUGAAGAAGCGGAAGCAGAAAGUCAGCGGAAGUGAUGAUGAGAAAGAAGAUGACGACGAUUGGUAG